ACGUUCAAAAACGGUCAAAAAACGUUUUCUUGAGCCAUCUGACGGACAGUGCGGGAAGUAUGGUCAUUUAUGCCAUGAAAAUUAUUUUUCAAGUAAUCGGUUGAGACGUAAGCGGCUUUUUCUUACUUAAUAUUAAACAAUAGUUCGAAUAAAGACGAGACAUGGCUCAUAUUGGGAACGUGACAGCAGAUCAGCUGAUUGCUGGUUCUAGUGUAUUGUCUAGACCCGCAGAAGAGUUUGAAAAUGAUCAAACUGUGGAAGCGAUGUGGGCAAUGAAAGCAUGGGAGCAUGCUGAGAUAUACUUCAAUAUAUUAUGUUCCGUCGAUCCCAAGCUGUUAAGACUGUCACCUCAUGAUGAUCAGAUUUAUAAAUUAUUUCGAGAAGUAUUUCCUGAUUUAGCAGUAGAUGUGAUAAAGGAAGACGAGUUAAAAUCGAAUGAGGGAAAGCAUAAAUGGAGACCAUUCUGUGAGCAAUUUAAAGGUAUUGUUGAAGAUUAUAGUUUUGGCACGUUACUUAGAGCCGAUUGCAAAGGAGACUACUCUGAGCAGAAUAGCAUAUUAACGACAAGAAUACAAUUUUAUGCAAUUGAACUGGCAAGAAACAGGGAAGGUUUAAAUGACUGCAUACGAGAUUUAUACAAGCCUAGAAGAACUGCCACAAAAUCUUAAUUUACAUGACUACAAUGUAAAUUAA